AUGGGCGACGCCGGACCGUCGACUGAGCAGCCGGUUCAGGCUCAGCAGCCGGAGACCAGGAAGCCUCACAUCACAGACACCAAGAUGACGCUCGCCAACUGGCACAAACAUGUCAACUGGCUCAACGUCACCUUCAUCCUCGUCGUGCCUAUGCUAGGAUGUCUACAGGCUCUCUGGGUGCCGCUGCAGCUCAAGACGGCCAUCUGGUCGGUCAUCUACUACUUCAUGACCGGUCUCGGAAUCACAGCUGGAUACCAUCGUCUGUGGGCACACUCCUCGUACUCUGCUACUCUGCCAUUGAAGAUCUACUUGGCUGCUGUCGGUGGUGGUGCGGUUGAAGGAUCUAUCAGAUGGUGGUCUCGCGGCCACCGUGCCCAUCACCGCUAUACCGACACCGACAAGGACCCCUACUCUGUCCGCAAGGGCCUGCUCUACUCCCAUAUUGGAUGGAUGGUCAUGAAGCAGAACCCCAAGCGUAUCGGACGUACUGACAUCACCGAUCUCAAUGAGGAUCCCGUCGUUGUCUGGCAGCACAAGAACUACAUCAAGGUCGUCAUCUUCAUGGGUCUCAUCUUCCCCACGCUCGUCAGCGGUCUCGGAUGGGGUGACUGGGCCGGCGGUUUUGUCUAUGCUGGCAUUCUACGCAUCUUCUUCGUCCAGCAGGCUACCUUCUGCGUCAACUCCCUGGCCCACUGGCUCGGGGAGCAGCCCUUUGACGACCGCAACUCCCCUCGUGACCACGUCAUUACCGCUCUCGUCACCCUGGGAGAAGGAUACCACAACUUCCACCACGAGUUCCCAUCUGACUACCGCAACGCUAUCGAAUGGCACCAGUACGACCCAACCAAGUGGACCAUCUGGAUAUGGAAGCAGCUCGGCCUUGCCUACGACCUCAAGCAGUUCCGCUCCAACGAGAUCGAAAAGGGCCGUGUCCAGCAGUUGCAGAAGAAGAUUGACCAACGCCGUGCCAAACUCGACUGGGGCACCCCCCUGGACCAGCUACCGGUCAUGGAAUGGGAAGACUACGUUGAGCAGGCCAAGAACGGCCGUGGUCUUAUUGCUGUCGCUGGCGUCGUCCACGAUGUCACUGACUUCAUCAAGGACCACCCCGGCGGCAAGGCCAUGAUCAACUCUGGAAUCGGCAAGGACGCCACCGCCAUGUUCAACGGAGGUGUCUACAACCACUCCAACGCCGCCCACAACCUGCUCUCGACCAUGCGUGUGGGUGUGAUCCGUGGCGGCUGUGAGGUCGAAAUCUGGAAGAGAGCCCAGAAGGAGAACAAAGAAGUCGACUUUGUACGUGAUGAGUCCGGCAACCGCAUCGUUCGCGCUGGUUCACAGGUGACUAAGAUCCCUGAGUCGUUCCCGUCCGCAGGCGCUGCUUAA